AUAAGAAAACCAUUCUACUCAUCGUUGCAAGCCUAUAUAUAUAUACCUUACUCCCUUACCAUUUUUAUCAUUCUAAGGGAGAAGAGAAGACAUGGAGGUUCCCAUGAUAGAUUUUAAUGGGCUAGAUGGGGAAAAGAGGAGCGAAACAAUGGCGCUAUUGCACCAGGCUUGUGAGAAGUAUGGGUUCUUCAAGAUUGCAAACCAUGGAAUCAAUGAGGAACUGAUGCAGAGGGUGAAGCAAUUAGUCAACUUGCACUAUGAAAAGUGUAUGAAGAAAAGCUUCCAUGAGGCAGAGAUAGCUAAGGUCUUGGACAACCAAGGUAAAGCAACAGAAAUUGACUGGGAAAGCAGCUUCUUCAUUUGGCACAGGCCCACAUCAAACAUGGAUGAGUUUCCAGACCUCUCAAAGGAACUUCGUGAAGCAAUGGACGAAUACAUUAUCCAAGUCAUUAAGCUCGCAGAGAAACUUUCAGAGCUCAUGUGCGAGAAUCUGGGUUUGGAAAGCAACUACUUUAAAAAGGCAUUCUCAGGAGUUGCAGGUCCUUCAGUGGGGACAAAGGUGGCAAAGUAUCCUGAAUGUCCUAAACCUGAACUUGUAAAGGGACUCCGAGAGCACACUGAUGCAGGAGGGAUCAUUCUCUUGCUCCAAGAUGACCAAGUCCCAGGUCUUGAAUUCUUGAAAGAAGGAAAAUGGGUAGAGAUUCCACCUUCCAAGAACAAUACCAUGUUUGUAAACACAGGUGAUCAGGUGGAAGUGUUGACCAAUGGCAGAUAUAAAAGUACCUUGCACCGUGUCAAGGCUGACAAGAAUGGCAGUAGACUCUCCAUUGCUUCUUUCUACAACCCUUCUGGUGAUGCGAUAAUUUCUCCAACUCCCAAGCUCCUAUAUCCUAGCCACUACCGUUUUCAAGACUACCUCAACCUUUAUGCCACGACCAAAUUCUCAGAUAAGGGCCCCAGACUCGAAUCCAUGAAGAAGGUGGCCAAUGGGAACUGUUAAGAAAUGUACUGUAGGGGUAUUUCUGUCAUACCUGCAGUUCUUUGUUAUAUUUAGUUGUUAUUGUCCACGAUGGAGGGAGUGUCCCUGUCGUGGUGUAUGUCUAGUUGUUUAGUUGACUUAUUUACAUAACUAUACUUAUAUUCUUAGUUGGUUUCCUACUAAGAAACUUUCUGAUAUUAUAAAUAUAAAGAGAAGGGUGUUGACCACAAUAGAAGCUGAGCUGAUCUAUCAAGGUCAUUAGUGCUCUUCUCUCUCCUUCUCUUCUUCCUUCCCUUCUUUUUCCUUGAUCCUGGUUUUCUAGAUCAAAUUUGGUAACAGGAACCAUAGUUUUCUUGUCUGGAAGUAUCAGUUACUACUACAUAUAUGCACUAGCUUGCUUAUUUAUGAG